CUUUAGUUAAGCUGCACGAAAAGACCGGACACUUCAUCUAUCGGAAUAGUUGACGGCUCUAGUGAAGGAAAUUGGUUCAUUUGAAUUUUGAUUUUUAGCGAAGGAUGUCCUAUCGUCCUAUCUUUUCGAGCCAAAGAAUUUCGUGGAAGUUUUUUAGCUUAGGAAGCUGAAUCAUGACAGGAGCACACACAUGACAUCUACUCGGCAUACGCAGUGCGGCGGCGUCGCUCGACCUCUAGGGAAAAAAAGCUACUUUCCCUUCUUGCAUUCUGGCUAAUGAUUAGGUGAGACACACCACCUUACGGGCACGGAGAUCCAAGUGCGGCUUGCUACGGACAGAGAGAAAAAGAACGAGAGAGUAACGAGCAGUGACCAAGACCAGAAAUGACGGUAGCCGCCUUGCGUUCUGCAGUUGCGGAGCAGCGGGUCGUGGUCGUAGGUGCGGGUGUCGUUGGUCUCGCCUGCGCGCGCGCCCUGGGCUUACGCGGGUUUCGCGACAUCCUUGUACUCGAAAAGGAACCUGCGUUUGUUAAGACUCGCUUUUCGUUCGCAUUAUCCGGGCUUUCCAAUACAAAGAGGGGCCCCCAACGGGAUGAAUAUAGAAGGUCAACAGACACGGGACGAUCACUCAAUCGCGGACGACGGUUUAGGCUUCUACCUCUAAGUUCGGCACUGCUACCUCUAGUCGCAACUCUGGGGUUUUGCAUGCGGGCAUCUAUUACCCGUUUGAUUCAUACAAACGUCUGCUAUGUAUCGAAGGACAUCGGCUGAUGCGGGAAUUCUGUUAUGUUAGGUCUCUACCAGUAAAAGUGAUAUGAAGCGGAACACUAAUCCCUUGUAAUAUUGUAAACCAAGACUUUUUCCGUCUACUUUGCAUCAACUAAGACUUCUUUGCGAUGGAUUUUCACUUCCCGGUAAUUCAGCAUCACAUGAUUGAUGAGGUAGAAGAUGGAUGUGUUAUGACUUUUUAUUCGCGGGCGCAUGCUGCAGCUUGAUGGGAUACUAGACAAGUCAACGAACUGUACUUGAAUCCAUAGCACCUUUUCAUAUCCUCGUGUCACACGGAGUGGAGCAUGCGUUGUGCGGCAAGCUGAUAGUUCAAGACGUUCCUGGCAAAAAUGAGGAGCUUGAUGCGAUAUACCACCAAGCUGUUCAGAAUGGCGCUCCGGAGCUCGAGAUGGUGUAUUGAACGUUUCGUUGUUUUUCUCUUAUCCUCUGUUCUUGCCACGUUACCAUGCUAAUAGUUUACAAGCUAUUAAUCUAAUAAUCUUUCGUUCCUACUUUUUUGUACUGAAGCUAGACUGUUAAAUGUGAACAAUGAGUUACAUACACCAUACAACAUAGAUGGAAGAUAGCUUGUCCAAUUCACACCACUAACAACCGAGAAGGAUGCUGUCUCCACACCCACACAGAUAGAAGACCAGCGAACGUUACAACGGAUGGAGAAGAACUUGAGUCCCGACAUCAGUCGAGCGAUUUUUAGUCCAUUGACGGGCAUUGUCGACGUUCAUCAAUAUAUGCUUGCCCUCCUCGGCGACGCGGAGGAUGCGGGUGUGCAAACGUGUUACGAAUGCAAUAUCGAUGAAGCUGAGAGCCACCCGGAUGGACGCUUGACACUUCUUAUGAAGACCUCGAAAUGCUGGUUUAGUAGGCUUUGUUGGUUUUUCUUGGGGUCUUUCUCUACUGUGCGGUCUUACGGUUGGGCGUUCCCCGCAAUCUUCAUAGUAUCGUGCGUGCUGUAGUUGAUGAUGCUAGCACUUCAAAAUCGAAUUUUUUAAAUACAACUAGCACUAACAGACCCUUGAAAUACAUACUUACGUUACCCGUUCAUUUUGGAGACGAGUCAGGGAUCGAUCGAGGAUGUAGAUCUCGUUGUGAAUUGCGCUGGCCUGCACGCUUGUGUCGUAGCAGCCAUGGUGUCUGGUGAUCAAGUGGAAAUUCCAGACCCUCUCUACGCCAAAGGAAACUAUUGGAGGCUCAGCAUCGACAGGCCAAAGGAAACUAUUGGAACUGGAACACCAGUGGAAGUUGGACAAAAUGAAAAUCACAUUAGUGCCUGUGGAAAACAAGAAUCUCCAUCUUCUUCAAGCAAGCAUCAGACGAAGUCCAAUAGUGUUGAAAACGGCACAACAUCAAAUGCAUCUUCUUCAUCUCUAAGAGAAGCAACUGGAGGUAGUGCAGGAAAUACUGCAAGCGGAGCACAUGAUUCUCCUGCAGCGCAAUUGCACCAAGAAGAAAACAUUGAAGAGAAAACUUCGAUACCCAGUGCGCCAUACUUUUAUGGCUGAUGUUUUCCUCCCAUCUUUGACGGAUCAUCCUGGCACUCAACAUUUCAAGGGCGGGAAAAACUGCCAGGAUGGUCUGCCUGGGAAUACAGGAUGGGAAAAACAACAUGAGAACAUCCAUAACUUUGAGCGUUUGAUCUACCCUCUUCCGGAGCCUGGAGGGUUAGGGACUCACUUAACUCUGGACCUCGAUGGCGGCAUUCGUUUUGGGCCGAACGUCGAGUGGAUUGAUGACUGUGGAGAUGAACAUUAUCCCCCAACGGAAGCUGCGCCAGCAGUCUACGAGUCUAUCAAGCGAUAUUUUAUGACUGCACUUUAGACGGACAGAAACAGACGGUGGUGGAUUGAUAUGAUUUAUUUCUAGAUAGUACCAGCUACAAAAAGUGAAAAUAGACAAAACAGCUACUUCUAUCAUCUUCGUAUGGAGGUUGUUUCACCAUCGCUGAAUCAGUCUGUAAUUAUAGACGCUAGUGCUCUUUCUCUUUGUUGGAAUUACCUAUAGAUCUCUCUCUCUUUCAUUCUUCUCCCUGCCAUUGCGAGUCCUGGAGUGUCGCUAGUUCCGGACUACAGUGGAAUCCGACCGAAGUUGAAAGGCACUACCGACUUCACCUUCAUCGAUUAAGGCUUCAAGGGGAAAAAGAAGGGUCCAAGGAUACUACUACUCUCAAGGAGGAAGAUGCGACGCGGUAGCUCUAAAUUGAGGAGAGGAAUGCAGUGCACUGUUUGGGAAUCGAGUCACCGGGUCUCACGUCGAGCCUAGCGAUCGCAGACGAAGUAUGUGAACGAUCUGUCAAGAUUCUGACGGAAAAGCUCUGACAGGAGAAGAAGGAAGCUUGAAAAUACGUUGAGAGGAAAUGAUCGAUCAUUCACCUCUAAUGUACCUUGGGAGGGAAUCGAAAUACUUGGAAGAAGACAAGGUGACUUUGUUUUUUGACUUUUUACGCAUGACCGUGCGCAGCAUACAAUAUUCAUAGGAUUUUGAAAAUGACUGCGCUGCACAAUGAGGCUGGAGAUACACAAACUAUCUUGUGAAAGGAACCGGAGAUAUUUUUCUGACGAUCUAUUUUUUGAAAUCGCUUUGCAGCAAGGCAAAAAUUUCAAAAAGAUCGUUUCCGCCAGAAAGGCAAGCCUAUGGCUGUGUCUGGCCAGUGGUCGAAUAGAAAUUCAAAAACUUCUUUAGAAUCAACUACCGAAUAGAAAGUUACUUCUUUCUUUAGAAUCAACUACCAUAUGGAUCAAACUCGAC